UUUUGGUCCUCUAGAGCCUGCCUUUUCCUGUAAAUCACGGAUGAUUAUGUCUGACAUUAAAGAAGACUGGUUCAAUGCGGCGUUUAGGGGUGGAGCCUUCCACUCGGAUGCCUAGCCAAAAUAAUAGUUGUUGCCAGAGGCCAGACGUCUACUGCGGAUUUAGGGUCAUUCCAAGUGUCGGGACUGUUGCGGAAUUCCUAGGACUGUCCCAGAGCCCUGGCCUCAUCUGUGUCGCCAGGUGGAUUCACACGGUGUCCUCAGCCGGAAGGAGGUGGGGUCUUGAACUAAAGGGCUGGGACUUUAGGAAAUGAGAGAGUCUCAGACAAGUCCCAUCUGGGAACAACCGCUUUAGGCAGGACUAGGACUAUGAGGUCCUCCAGGCCGCGGAGGGGAGCUGGCAGAGGUGCUGUCCCGACCAGGCGGGGCGCGGGGACCAUGGGUGCCUGGACCUCCAGGGCCCGGGUCCCCACGCGGGAGCCCGACCCCCAGGAGACGCUGGACCUGAGCCGUCUACCCCCCGAGCUGCUCCUGGUGGUGCUGAGCCACGUGCCCCCGCGAACGCUGCUGCUGCACUGCCGCCGGGUGUGCCGCGCCUGGCGCGCCCUGGUGGAUGGCCAGGCCUUGUGGCUGCUCAUGCUGGCCCGCGACCGCAGCGCUGCCGGCCGCGCCCUGUUGUCGCUGGCCCGCCGCUGCCUGCCCCCGACCCGCGAAGGCAGGCCCUGCCCGCUGGGCCAGUUCUGCGUGCGACAGCCACUAGGUCGCAACCUCAUCAGCAACCCCUGCGGCCAAGAAGGCCUGCGCAAGUGGAUGGUGCAGCAUGGUGGAGAUGGCUGGGUGGUGGAGAGGAACAUGAAGCCUGUGCCUGGGGCCCCCUCACAGACCUGCUUUGUGACUUCCUUCAGCUGGUGCUGCAAGAAGCAGGUGGUGGACCUGCAGGAGAAGGGGCUGUGGCCAGAGCUGCUGGACAGUGGUGGUGUGGAGAUUGCUGUCUCUGACUGGUGGGGUGCUCGACACGACAGUGGCUGCAAGUACCGUCUCCUCGUCCAACUUCUUGAUGCUCACCAGAACGUCCUGGAUAAGUUCUCGGCUGUGCCAGACCCCAUUGAGCAAUGGAACAACAACAUCUACCUGCAGGUCACGCACGUGUUCUCCAACAUCAGGAGAGUCCGUUUUGUGUCUUUUGAGCACUGGGGCCAGGACACACAGUUCUGGGCUGGCCACUAUGGGGCCAGAGUGACCAACUCCAGUGUGGUCCUGCAAGUCUGUCAGCCCCAGGCAAAGGCCGGCCACCACCAACCUGGCAAGACAGCCUGACUGUGCCUUCCAGGAGAUGAGGUUGCUGACUGGAAUUCUUCACGGAUUAAGCAUUCACACCUUCCUGGAACAUGAAACUCUAGGACCCUGUGGAGGGUCCUGCUUGGCCUUGUUUGAAGUCUUGAACACCGAGUCCUCCUCCAUCAGGUCUGCCCAUUGCUGCUGCUUGGGUAGAGCGAGGGGGCCUGGCGCCCGAGUGCACGCUCGGCUCAGAGAGGUCACAAGCUGCCUCUGUUUCAGCUUGAUCCCUCACUGCCUGUCCUCAGUAUUGAUCCCCCAGCCUUUUUUGAGACAGGGUCUCAUGUAUCCAGUGGCUAAAACCAAGGGUGGCUUUAGACUCCUGCCUUUGCCACUCAAGUGCUGGGAUUGCAGGCAUGCACCAAUACUUCCCAGGUUUGUGUGGUGCUGGGGUAAGCCCAGGGCUUAGUGCAAGCCAGGCACACAUUUUACCAACUAAGCAGCGUCCCCAAGCAUUGUCUUCUUGUCACUUCCUGUUUCUGCCUCAGGGACUUUCUUUGUCCCUUUACUGAAGCCCUCCACUCAUAUCUGAACUUAUGGCUAGCAAAAUCCCAACUCCCAUGUGAAUCCAAGCUCACAUGGCUCCAACCAGGUCUCCUCAUUGAAGGGUAUGUCUGCCCACAGAUUUUCUCCAAACAAUGAGGAAGUGCCUAGAGCUGCAACCCUGAUCCUCAGGGACCUCUGAAUUGUGUAAUAUUUAAAGUUAUUUAUCAUUUUCUCAAACAGAGAAUAAUCAUGUACUGGCAAUAUCUGUCUGCCAAUUGCACUGUAAUAAAUUAU